AUGGUGGCUGAGAAGAUUUCCUCCGAGGAUCACCCUCAAGUCUACGAGGAAGAACGAGUUGAGAGCAAUACUGGGAAAACAGGGCAAGAUGGCGGGCGAUUUAACAAGCUGAUCAGCGAGGCCUUCAAGGGCAAAGCUGACCUCGAUACGAUUCACACGGAUAUCGGCUUCGAGCUUUACCAGCAGUCUCUGCAGUAUGAUCAGGAGGAACUCGCAAAAUCUGUCGACAAAGUGCGAUGGAAGCUGGAUUUGAUGGUGCUUCCGAUGAUGAUGACUACAUAUAUGUUGAGCUUCUUGGACAAGCAGACGCUCAACUAUUCCAACGCCUUUGGUUUGCAAGCGGACACGAAUAUGACAGGCGACGACUAUACUUGGGUCGCUUCCGCGCUAUAUUUGGCUGGCUGUCGUGCCUACCCAUCGAACCUCGCCCUCCAACGGUUUCCCAUUGGCAAAUUCGUGGGCUACAUGCUCUUUGUUUGGGGCACUCUGUGCAUGCUCCAAGCUGCAGUUUUCGAUUUCUCCGGAUUUUUCGCUAUCAGAUUCUUCCUCGGUGCGAUGGAAGCCUGUGUCUCCCCGGCUUGGCUUCUACUCUCUUCCACUCUGUGGACGCGUGAAGAGCAGCCUCUGCGUACAUCCUUUUGGCUUUCUUCCAACGGCAUAUCAUCUAUCAUCGGUGCUCUCCUUAGUUAUGGUCUGGGCCAUGUCGAUAAUCUUGCUGUUCCCAACUGGAAGCUUAUCUAUCUUGUAGUCGGAGCAAUCACGAUUGCUUGGGGCAUCGUGCUUGUUCUAUUCAUGCCAGAUGGGCCACACAAUGCGAAGAUGCUCACUGAAUACGAACGCAUCGUUGCGGUGUGGCGUAUCCGACGCAACAAAACCGGCAUUCAACAUCCCGAAUUCCUUGUUUACCAAGUCAAAGAAGCCUUGACCGACGUGAAAACAUACCUCUGCCUGCUCAUGGGUCUAUGCUACGGGGCAUUGAACGGUGGAGUAACCAACUUCCUCAGCGCAUUGAUCAAAGGUUUUGGCUUCUCAGGCCUGGAAGCUAGUCUGCUCCAAACUCCUUCCGGCGGCAUUCAAUUCGUGACGGGUAUCGUGUUCGGCUAUAUCUCGACCAUCCAUAACUUUUUGGGUAUAACGAUCAUUAUCUCUUGCCUCCCCGGAAUGGCUGGGCUUCUCGGUAUCCUUCUCACUCCGUUGAAGCACCGGUAUGCCCUCGUGGGAUGCGCGUCGCUGCAGACCAUCGUCGGCUCACCCAUCGUUCUAACCUGGACCCUACCGGCCCUGAAUGUGGCAGGCCACACGAAACGGUCCACCGUGAUGGGAUUAUACUUUAUCUGCUAUUGUGCUGGAAAUAUCGCGGGGCCCCAUCUGUUUCUCCCGAGCGAGGCACCACGGUACACUUCUGCACUCAGGGGCCUUUUGGGGAUCUAUGCGGGUGGAAUACUCGUGCAGAUAGCUUACUUGCUCUUGUGUUUCUGGGACAAUAAACGCCGAGAUCGGCAAGCCCAGCCAACAGAUGAAGCUGAGGCGGCUCGAGAGGGAUUCGAGGAUGUGACGGAUAAAGAAAACAGGGGUUUUAGAUACCAUUUGUGA